GUUUUUAUGACAAAAGGACUAUUACAUGUCAAUCUAGAAUCGACAAUCUACAACCCAUUUUUGUCUGGUACAAAAAUGGUGUGGCUAUAAAUACCGGGGGCAAUGAAUACAAAAUGUCUGCUGACUAUUUCAAGAGUUAUCUGACUAUACAAUACUAUUCAACUAAACAAAGAGAUGACGUUUACAACUGCACAGCAAUUAAUCCUGUGGGAAGCAGUACAGCAAGUACUAGAGUGACCGUUCAAGAGAUCGAUGGAUGGGUAGAGUCAAAUAGAGGUUCUCAGUGCAGUUUAUCGUGUGGAUCGGGUUAUGGCAUCACACUUGUACAAAGACAAUGCAGCAUCAGAAGAGUCCGGUGUUUAGGACCAGCUGUAUACACAGAUAAAUGUCGACCGCAAACUACGUGUCCAACUUAUGCAUCAACAGUAGCUUCACUGACAUCUUUGAUCUCAACUGGGAAUGUAAACACAUCACACAACGUCAGGACCACCUUACAAGAGUUGGGUUAUACUCAUGAUAUAAGUACAACGCAAGAUGUAGCUGGCAAACAAGAGUUGUCUCAAAGUGCUGUAGCUGGUAUAUCCGUGACUGUGACGGCCAUCACAACAGUUCUUAUUUGCGUGAUUAUUUUCUAUUUCGUUGUGCAUCGUCGUAGACAACUUUCUGCAAGCAAUUUAACUACCUCACCGGACAUGCAGACGGAAUUUCCCUCUCGCAAAUCACUACACGAUGACUCCAGAGCCGAACAAAACACAGUAAAUUGGGAUGCUGUCUUUUGCUAAUGCUGCAGUCAUUGAAAGUGAAAGUUCGGAUUUGAAACCAGUAGAAACGUAUGAAAUGGUAGAAAACGUAGAAGGCAUGAAGAGUAACCCUGCAUACGGUGAUGUAAGGUCCGAAGGCGGUGAUGAAGAAAACAUAUAUGAAACACCAAGUGCAAUGUACGUGCCAAUGCAGGCAUCUGCAAGAGAUACAAAUGAAUAAUUCUGAUGCAUCGCUAUCUUGGUACAAACUUUGUUUGAGUCAACCACUGUUGUCGUAUUAGCGCUGAUAGCUUUAGACAUCUCUGCAGUUAUUGUGUCGUACUUUCUUUCAUUUAACGUAUAAUUGUAUACGGCAGAUGAAACAGUAGUGUUGACAAAUGUACGUUUUGAUUGAUAGGAAAUGUUUGCUUAACGUUUGUGAGCGUUUUUUCAAACAUGGAUUAGCAAG